UGGCGGCCGUCAGCGGUGAUCUGAUUGGUGGAUUCCGCUGUCUGUUAGUGGCGACACCGAGCGACGUGAAGGUUCGCUGUCUGCCCUGAGCUGAUGUGUCCCAUACCAGGAAGUGAAGUUUUUAAGGAGCUGAACUGAGAGUGGAGCAGGAUGACCACUUUAAUUCGGCGCGGCCGACGUGGAGAAGAGGGGCAGGAAAAGAGAACUGACUCCGAUGACUCCAGCAAGGACAAAGAUGAGGAAACUUCCGGGGAUUGUAAGGACAUGAGGCUAACGCUUAUGGAGGAGGUUCUUCUUUUAGGAUUGAAGGAUAAAGAGGGUUACACAUCAUUCUGGAAUGACUGCAUAUCAUCAGGACUACGUGGCGGUAUCCUCAUUGAGCUCGCCCUCAGGGGCCGUGUUAUCCUGGAACCGGCUACUUUACGGAAGAAACGCCUCCUAGACCGAAGGGUUCUACUAAAGUCAGAUGCCCCAACAGGAGAUGUUUUAUUAGACGAGACCCUGAAACACAUAAAGGCAACAGACCCGGCGGAAACUGUACAAAGCUGGAUAGAGUUACUUACCGGUGAAACGUGGAACCCAUUCAAGCUUCAGUACCAACUACGGAACGUUCGCGAGCGCAUUGCUAAAAGCUUGGUGGAGAAGGGAAUCCUGACCACGGAGAAACAAAACUUCCUGCUCUUUGACAUGACCACCCACCCUGUAACAAACACCACAGAGAAGCAACGGCUGGUGAAGAAGAUGCAAGAAUCUGUUCUAGACAAGUGGGUGAAUGACCCACAUCGCAUGGACAAACGGACCCUGUCACUGCUGGUACUGGCCCACUCUUCUGAUGUCCUAGAGAACGCCUUCUCCACUCUGCCGGAUGACAAGUAUGACACGGCCAUGAACAGAUCCAAGGACCUCCUAGAUUUGGAUCCUGACUCGGAAGCCAUGAAACCCAACUGCACAGAAAUGAUCUGGGCCGUAUUGUCUGCUUUUAACAAAUCUUAAGAUCUUUGGCCUGGGGGGAGGAUAAAAAGCAGAUGAAAAAAUUUACCCCUUGUUUCCAGGACAUUGAGUGGGGUAGGAGGGACACAGAGAUCAAAAACUUUGCUUGAACAUGGACUCUGAACCUCCACCCCCAGUGAUACUCUUCCCUCUGCUACCCACACCUCGAAAAUCCUUGGUGUGUCAGUGAAGUUCAUAGAAGCAAUUGGCUAAAGCUCAAUUCAAGUUUUUUUUAUUAUAAUUAUUAUUAUUAUUAUGUUUAUUUAGGGCUUACAAUCAGUAAAUAUGGGUUAAUUAAAGUGGUAUUCCACUGCUAAGCGUUGGGAACAAACUAUUCCAAACGCUGGAGACGGCUCGGGUGUUUCUGACGUCAUAGCCCCACCCCCUCAUGAUGGCAUGCCCGCCCCCUCAAUGCAAGUCUAUUGGAGGGGGCGUGACGGAUGUCACGCCCCCUCCCAUAGACUUGCAUUGAGGGGGCGUGACAUCAUGAGGGGGCGGGGCUAUGAAGUAACAAGCUCCCUUCUCCAGCGUUCGGAAGAGUUUGUUGCAAACGCUGAGCAGCGGAGUACCCCUUUUAAACCAAAACAUCUUGGUAAUUCCGGAGUCUUCAAUGAUUCAAGCACCGGUAAUACCAUGGUACAUGGCACUGUCCAUUGGUACAGCCGGUGCAAAUACACAGCACCUCCCCCUCCUCCCUUUUCUGAUGAUAAGGCUGCGGAGUGCUGGACUCUUGGCCAGUCCUGGUCACUAGUCAGUGACCGAUUUUAUGUAGUCAAUGUCAUGUUUUCUAUGAUGAACACACAAACCAGUUUCUGUAGACUUUUCGAAGGAUAUGUAUGAGUUGCACAGAGGGGCCCACGAUAGAUAUAUUUUUUAACUAUUUUUUGCUUUUAGUCAGAAAAGCCGCCUCUAUAGCUUGAUCUCAUUAUUGAAUCACAAUGUAGCUUCGUACGGAGUAAAAAUAAAUAAAUAAAAGGUGUCCCUGUUGGGACACUACCUUGGGACAUUUGUGGUUUAUUUCUGGUCUUCAAGGAAGCUUGUUGUGAUAAAGGAUGGGGCAUUUUUAUUUAUUUUUUUAUUUUUUUUGAUAUCCAGGGGCUUUGGUUACCACCAUGAGGCAUGGGUGGCGUAAACGCAGAUCAUCCUUGGCCUCUCUCCUUUGUGAACCACCAUUGUAGGUGUUCUUUUAGAGCCUUUUUAGAGACUCUUUAGAGAGUAACAAAGUUACUCUGAUAUCUUUGAACGAGUCUGUUUUGGACGACCCAAAGGGUUUGUUGACCUGUGCACUUGGGGGACCCAAUGGAUUUCUUGAUUGAGUCACAAGUUCUUCAUCUUCUUUAUGAAGUUUAUAAAAAUAAAUAAAAAUUAAUUUGUCAUUUUGACUUUUUUUUUGGAACCGCAUAGGGACAACUUUAGUUGGUUUACAAGCAUUGUGAAUACUUUGCAAUACAAACUCAGCUUGUCUGUAUCUGUUUUCAUAGGGGCCCUACCCAGCAAUGUAAAUCUGAAAUGAACUUGUGACUUUCUAAUGUUUGCAGAUUGAAUAGAAAGCGAGGAGGAGCACGUAUAUGACCAGUUACAUUGUAAGAGGGUUUGAAGCAGAAAAGAUGAGUAUUUCUUUCAUGAAGCCUUGUUUUCAAACUAUUAUAUCAUUAUCAUAACUAUUUUUUGUUAACUAUUAUAUAUUCUUUUAAUUAGAUUUAAUAUUACUGUAUGAUCGAAUACCUUUAUCUGUUUUUUGUUUGUUUGUUUUUUGUUUUGUUUUUUUGGUUCUUACCUUUUUUUUGUAAUUUUUUAUUUACGGAGCGUUCUGUGUUGGCUGCUCGGAUUAUGCCUUGGUUUCCAGGGCCUCAACAUGGAAGUGAGUGAUGAGUAUGGUCUGGAUGAUGGAAUAACAGAAGAAUAGUGUAUACAGGACCAAAGUAAUCAUGUACUUGUUGUGUCUAUCAAUUGAGUAUCUUUCAAAUAAAAUUCUGUAUAAUAUUUUAAAA